AUGAACAAAAACAACAAUAAAAAAUUCCUAGAACUGAAUGAAAAUGAAAGCAUGCAGCAAAAUAAGUUAGACUCUCAUGGUCCUCCUAAACUGGGCAUAGUAAGAACGGGAUUACCACCACCAGUUUUAGAAAUGCCUCAUCUAGUAUCUCAAAGUACAUUCUUAGAGACAAAGCCACAGGAUAAAAAGAUAACUUGCCAGCAGGGAAAAAAGGAAGAAAUUAAGUCUGAAGAAAUUAAAAUUCAUGAUGUUGGAGCUGAAAUUAGUAAGACCACAAAUAAGGCUCCUGAAAAUUGUCAUUUGGAUAAUCAUAUAAAACCCUCUUUGGACCCACUGUUGGAUAAUCAGAUGAAACGUUUUGAAUCAGUACCAGAUAAGAAUGUCAGCUGUUUAGCAUCCAAACUGAAAAACAUUCCAACCAAUAAUGCCACUGCUGUUUCCGAUUUGAUCAGUCAAACAAAAAUUGAUGACUGCGAGAAAAAAUUUCCAGGUUCAGCUCCCAAACAGCACAGUGUACUCAAUAAUGAAAUACCUAAGAGCAGUACAAACAGGGAUCCCCCACCAAAUCAUUCUCAGCUUAAGUGUAAUUCACAUUUGGAGAUAACAAUUCCAAAAGACUUGAAACUAAAAGAAUCAGAGAAAGCUGAUGAAAACCAGCUGGUCAUAAUAGACGCAGGACAAAAAAGGUUUGGAGCAGUGUCUUGUAAUAUCUGUGGAAUGCUUUAUACAGCUUCAAAUCCAGAGGAUGAAACCCAGCACCUGCUUUUCCAUAACCAGUUUAUAAGUGCUGUGAAGUAUGUGGGCUGGAAAAAAGAAAGGAUUCUGGCUGAAUAUCCUGAUGGCAGAAUAAUCAUGGUUCUUCCUGAAGACCCAAAGUAUGCCCUGAAAAAGGUUGACGAGAUCAGAGAGAUGGUUGAUAAUGACCUAGGCUUCCAGCAGGCUCCACUCAUGUGCUACUUCAGAACUAAAACUCUUCUCUUUAUUUCUAAUGACAAAAAAGUAGUUGGCUGCCUAAUUGCAGAACAUAUCCAGUGGGGCUAUCGAGUUAUCAAAGAGAAGCUUCCGGCUGUCAGGUCGGAGGAGGAAAAGGUCGGGUUUGAGAGGCAGAAGGCCUGGUGCUGCUCCACGCUGCCGGAGCCGGCCAUUUGCGGGGUCAGCCGCAUCUGGGUGUUCAGCAUGAUGCGGUGGAGGAAGAUCGCUUCGCGCAUGAUCGAAUGCCUGAGGAGUAACUUUAUAUAUGGCUCCUAUUUGAGUAAAGAAGAAAUUGCUUUCUCAGAUCCUACUCCUGAUGGAAAAUUGUUUGCAACACAGUACUGUGGCACGGGUCAGUUUCUGGUAUAUAAUUUUAUUAAUGGACAGAAUGCCACCUAAAACCAAUCUUGCCUACACUAACCAGAAGACAUCUGUCUGUUGAAGAGAAUGUGUUGGUUGCUGACUUUAACCAGGAACUAGGGCCAUUUUUAUUACAAGAACUCAGGACU